AUGACACGGGCCUUGGUGGGGAAGGGCCCCAGACAGGAGAUGAAAGAGAUGGUGCUGCUAGGCACCGCCCGCCGUCCUCCCCGACAGCCCCCCUCGCCCGCCAGCCCGCCGCCGUCCCCGCCGGCCGUGCGGUCUCCUCUCCCGGCGCCAUCGCUGCCCCGAAGUCAGAGCCCAGCGUGGGAGACGGCAGAUGUCCUUGUGAGCAACGGAGGGAGUGAGGAGUCCUGGGAACAGAGGGUGGAUUUCCGGGAAGAGUCCACUCCAAAGUCCUCGGGGUGGGAGUCCGUCUGGGUCUUCGGAAUACAGCAGAUUAACCUCCUCCCCUCCACAGUUCGUUCUGGUGGCUUCUACCUUUCCCCGCCCAGCGUAAUAGCGCAUGUGCUUUGGUAUCGGAGAGCGCCCGGGCAGUCAGACCCAGACAGACCAGAGCGGGGCCGGGUCAUUACCCGAGCCGGCCACCAGGGGGCGCGCUCCCGUCGGGAAUCGCCCAGGCAGAAGCAUUGGCCCCUCGACCAGCACUCACUCCCUUUCACCCCGUUCGCUGCUGUCUUUUGGAUGGACCUUUCCCCUGCGGCUCCCUCUCCCGGCCCACCUGUUCCCCUGCACUGGCUUGACUUCCGGUGUGAGCCCAAGGAAGAGCUCCACUCUGGGGGCCAGCCUGUGGUCAGAGUCCCAGGCUGGACUGGGUCCCUGAGCGACAGGAGGGAGCCCAGAAGCCCCCUUGAGCAGGGCCCAUCACCUCCUCCCCUUCAUCACCCCCUUCCCUUCGCUGUGCUCACAGGCUUCCUCCAGGCAGCUCGCUGUGUCCAGAGGCCGCUCCACCACGACGAGCUCUGA